GAGCAGCCGAGCAAAGAAAGACGAUCGCCGGGUACUUGCUGCUAGCAUGCUAAAGUCAUGGAGCUGCUGAAACAUUGCUGCUGUGUGACGGCUCGGUUUUCUACAAACCACCUACGGUUGAGCCCCAGAUCCAUCUCACAUGCUUACACAAGCUGUCUGUCAACCGCAUCAGAGUCCUCUCCGGACCAGGCCGAGAGGAAGAAGGAGCUCCUGAGCCAAGAUGGGCCCGACCUGCGGGACUUUAUUUCAGGAGAACUUUCGGAGAAAAGCAAGUGGGCCGAGUACCGAGGCAACCUGAGGAGACUGAAAGGAGAGAGGCUGAGGCUUCCUCCGUGGCUGAAGACGGAGAUCCCCAUCGGAAAGAACUACAACCGUCUGAAGAACACACUGAGAGGCCUGAACCUGCACACGGUGUGCGAGGAGGCCAGGUGUCCAAACAUCGGGGAAUGUUGGGGAGGGGGAGAGUACGCCACAGCUACAGCCACCAUCAUGCUGAUGGGAGACACGUGCACCCGUGGGUGCAGGUUCUGCUCCGUGAAGACGGCCCGUCAGCCUCCUCCUCUGGACCCAAACGAGCCGUACAACACAGCCGAGGCCAUCGCUGCCUGGGGGCUGGACUACGUGGUUCUGACCUCGGUCGACAGAGACGACAUUGCAGAUGGAGGAGCAGCACAUUUUGCUAAGACUGUCUCUAACCUGAAGGAAAGAAACCCUCAGAUCCUGGUUGAAUGUCUGACCCCAGAUUUCCGUGGUGACCUGGCAGCCGUAGAGCAGAUCGCCCUGUCGGGGUUAGACGUGUACGCCCACAACGUGGAGACGGUGCGGGAGCUGCAACGGUACGUCCGUGACCCCAGAGCAAACUUGGACCAGUCUCUGAGCGUCCUCAAACACGCCAAAAUGGUCCAACCCGGCGUGCUCACCAAGACCUCCAUCAUGCUGGGACUGGGGGAGACCGAGCAGCAGAUAAUCAACACUAUGAGGGAGCUGCGAGAGGCCGGAGUGGACUGUCUGACACUGGGACAGUACAUGCAGCCCACGAAGCGCCACCUGAAGGUGGAGGAAUACGUCACUCCUGAAAGGUUUGCCCACUGGGAGAACGUGGGGAAUGAAAUGGGUUUUAUCUACACAGCCAGUGGGCCGCUGGUCCGCUCCUCCUACAAAGCAGGUGAAUUCUUCUUGAAGAAUCUACUUAAAAAGAGAAAAACAGAAAUCGCUGCAACAGAUUGAAAAGUUUCCAGUCAUUUCUUCCAGCAUCGACUCUGACAAGAAAAAACUAAUAUAUUUCAAUAAGAAUAAAAAAGUGCUGAUUUGUGCAUCGGUGACAUGAAACUGAUCUCGGAGCAGCUCUUGUUCUGAAGUCUCCACCUGUGGCAGCUGAACCACAGAAAACAUCCAGAGGUGACUCAGGUGAGCAGAUUAUGUCACCGUCAGGAGAAAAUACAACCUGCUGAGGACAGGAGAGUACUUUCACAUCUCGUGUUCAGGAGGCGUUAAAUUACUCCCAGUACAACCUCCACAACCAGUUCCGCUGGGCCUGGAUUGUUUGAUAAUGGCUGAUCAUCUUUCAAACACUCAGGAGGGAAGUUGUGUACGUUAUAAAAGUGUAGGAGGGGAAACCACUGAAGCAGCUCGUGAAGGUGUUUUACCAGUUAAGGACGU